GGCGGGAACCCGGAAGGGGAGGCUGGAGAGGAGCGAGUGGGGGAAACCCGCGUAGCCGAGGGAGCUGCAGCGCGCGGAGAUGGUGGCCUGUGGAUUCUCCCACCACCAUCCAGGUCCUGAGAUGUGGUGAAUCACAGCCUGUCUGCCACCAUUUCCCCAGAAUGGACCGAGGUAGCCUUCUGCCCUUCCAGCUGUGGUGCCCCCGGCCCUUUGGCACCUACUCCCAGAACCAGCCUCGGCCACCUUCCGCAGCCCUCAAGCCGUCAGCCUGCCCGGAGCCAGGCAACGGGGCGGAGCCAGACCAUGGGCCUGCCCACUCAGAGAACACACCUCCAGCCUUGGCCACAGAGGCUCCUGCCUCCCAGCCUGGUCCACUUCUUUCAGCAGCAGCUGCUGGCGAUGAGGGUCGAGUCUUGCUGGACACAUGGUAUGUUAUCAAGCCCGGGAAUACAAAGGAGAAGGUGGCCUUCUUUGUGGCCCACCAGUGUGGUGGGGGCAGCCGAGCCAGCUCCAUGAAGGUCAAGGGGCACUGGGGCAGUGACAGCUCCAAGGCCAAGCGGAGGAGACGCUGUCUUGAGCCUACAAAGGCUCCACCAGACCCAGGGGGACAGGAGGGGCCCCCUGCUGCUGAGGGGGCCCCAGCUUCAGCCAGCGAGGAUGUGGACCUGCUCUCUGUGGCCGAGAUGGUGGCCCUGGUGGAACAGCGGGCCGCCCUGGCCCUUCAGAACUACCCACGCCCCAGCACCCCAGCGCCUGUGGUCUUUGUGUCGGCUGAGCAGGGUGGACCUGCCAAGGGGCUGGGGUCGGAGCGGCGGGCUGGUGGCGGGGACUGCAGCCGUGUAGCUGAGGCGGUGGCCCACUUUGAGGCCCAGCGGGACAACCCUCCAGCCAAGGGCCUCCGCAAGGAGGAGCGGCCUGGACCAGGCCCUGGGGAAGUGCGCAUCGCCUUCCGGAUCUCCAAUGGCCGAGAGCCCCGGACACCAGAUGGCAGCUUGCCCAAUGGGAGCGGGGGCCGACCGGGUUGUGCCUACCCUGGCAGCCCAGGUCCUGGGGCCCGGGCCAAGGACAAGAUCACCUGCGACCUAUACCAGCUUAUCAGCCCCUCUCGGGAUGCCCUCCCCAGCAACGUGGAGUUCCUGCUGGCCAGGGCAGAUGAAGCCAGCGAGGGUGAGACCCCAGCCCCUGCCAGGCCUGAGGACACUCCCCCGGCGCCCCCUCCACCCCCUGCCCGGGACUGUGGAGCAUCUGGCUUCCACGUGGACGUGGUGGUAACAGGUGUGGUGGACGAGUGCAUCUUCUUUGGCAAGGACGGCACCAAAAACGUGAAAGAGGAGACGGUGUGCCUGACUGUCAGCCCCGAGGAGCCACCCCCACCUGGCCAGCUCUUCUUCCUCCAGUCCCGUGGGCCAGAUGGGCCGCCCGAGCCACCCCCAGCGGACUCGCCGGCCACCGCGCCAGGCCCGGACGAUGCUGAGGGGACGGCGGACACCUCCCUGUGCCGCCUGUACCGGCACGUGUCUCAUGACUUCCUGGAGAUCCGCUUCAAGAUCCAGCGGUUGCUGGAGCCCCGACAGUACAUGCUGCUGCUGCCUGAGCACGUGUUGGUCAAGAUCUUCAGCUUCCUGCCCACGCGGGCCCUGGCGGCCCUCAAGUGCACCUGCCACCACUUCAAGGGUAUCAUUGAGGCGUUCGGCGUGCGGGCCACAGACUCACGCUGGAGCCGCGACCCACUCUACCGCGAUGACCCUUGCAAGCAGUGCCGCAAGAGAUACGAAAAGGGCGAUGUGUCGCUCUGCCGCUGGCACCCCAAGCCCUACCACCACGACCUGCCUUAUGGACGUUCCUACUGGAUGUGCUGCCGCCGAGCUGAUCGCGAGACGCCCGGCUGCUGCCUGGGGCUGCACGAUAACAACUGGGUGCUGCCCUGCAAUGGGCCGGGUGGGGGCGGGGGCCGGGCCGGCCGGGAGGAAGGGAGGUGAAGCCGGGGGAGGGGGGGGGAAGAGCCCACCAUGCCCACCCCCACCCCCUCCUGCUGGGAGCCGAGGGUCAGGACUGGGUGGCCAGCCCAUACCCCCAGUCCGGGCAGCGUUGAGCCCCACUCCAGAACUGAGGUGGGUUCAGGGCGAUGACCCAGGAAAACACUUGGCUUGACCCCUACUGGUUUUCUACUCUUGAGACCCUCAAGUAGGGUAGGUUGUUUUUUUUUUAAUCAGCAUCUCAAUUUCUUCUCCAUUCAGCCCCAUUGCCCUCCCUGCCACUCCCCAUGCCCCAGGGACCCACCAGCAGGGAGCAGACGGCAGCUAAUUUUCGUACUACUUAAGGGUUCCCCCAUUCUGGCCCCCUUACUUUCCCUCCCCCAGUUCUUGGUCUCAGGAGCUGUUUUUUCCCCAAGAGGCUGCAGCACCCACGGUUGGUUCCUCUCCUGAAACCUACUCCACCAGGGCUCACCUCUUUAGGAAUCCGGGGGCUGGCAGAUCACGAAUCAGAUUUGGCACUUUUCCUGGCAGCCUGUCAUUUCUAGACGUCUCCCCCAUGAAAACACAAAUCCAUUUUCUCCUUAACCUCAAGCUGCCUGUCUCUCUGCUUCCCCUAACGGGGGAGAGGGAGAAAAAAGUUGAAAAUUGAAGUAUGAAAAGUCCCCUCCUCCCAAUAUGUAAGCUGUUGCCAUCACUACCCCCCUCCUCGCCCCACAAAAAAAGCUGUGAAGCCUUUUGCCUCGCUCUUGACAGCGUGGGGGGGGCCGGUGGGCAGGGACCGUGGGUUUGAAUUUCUGGGUUGUUUUUCCUUCCGCUCUGGAUACUUGUUCAGGUGUUGCUGGGGGAGGUCUCGCCACCCUCAGCCACAGGUGUUUCUUUAGAAUCCUUUGGUCAACCAAGACCUUGAUUUUCAGGCAGUUUCAUUGGGGGGUCAUUUUGUUUGUUCUUUUUGGGGUUUUUUGGGUGGGGGUUUGGGGUUUUUGUUUUUUUUUGGUUUUGGUUUUUCAUCCUUGUGGUUCUGGAAAGCUUCUAACGUGUGGCAUCUGGCCAAUUUUGAAUUGGUCCUUUGUAUAAAAUCAAUAUUUAUAAGGUU